CAAACGGUUGUUGGCUUUCACGUGUAGUUUGUGCUUUUCUCUGUAUCAUCAAAAAAUCAAAGUCACUCCCAAACACUCUAAUAAAAAAGAAUACUGAAGCCUUUCCCUUUCCAUCAAACCCUUUUUUAAUCCUCUUUAUAAGGGUGGCCUUUCCCAUCCAUUCAUCAAUUAACCCAUUUUUCUUCUCUAUGAAGAUUUUGUUUACAAAUCGAAAUCAAUCAAUGUCUAAAGUCUUUGAAUUGUGGGUGAACAUGAUUCGAAAGAAGAAGAACGAGAGGCUUCUAAUGUUCAAAGAAUGUAUGCAAGGAUCUAAUCUUGUGAUAGAAUGGUUAUUGCUUUGAUUUCACUUGAAGAGACUUUAGUUUAUAAUUUGUUUGGUUUGGCUUUCUGGAGUAAUAUUACCAUUUUGGAAAUGUAGUAUCUUGUUUUGGUUGCGUAUUGUUUUGGGGGCAUUUAAGAAUUACUUGACCUUGAUUGUUUGAUGGAGUUGUUAAGAAGGAAGAGAAAGGGCCUAGAAGUUUUGCCAUUAUGUGGCAAAUCCUUGACUUCAUCUGCUAUUAUUUGGUCUCACUUGUCACUGGGAGAUUAUUCAAGGCAGAAGAAGAAGUGCAAGGAAGAUGAAGAUAAGGAAGUUGGUUCCCCUAGGAGUGUAGUUAAAGGAAUUGUCACUGCCCCCCAUUUUAGGAGUUCCUCUUUAGAUCCACCUUGUAGGGGUCUUAAGAGGAAAAUUGGUUGUAUUGAUGUAGCAACACAAUUGGGUCGGAAGAAAAAGAUCGAGCAACAAUAUGAUUUGGGUGCAACAAUUGGGAAAGGUAAGUUUGGAUCUGUAGUGUUGUGUAGAAGUAAAGUGACUGGAGAAGAAUUUGCAUGCAAAAUGUUGCGCAAGGGUGAGGAUCCUGUGCAUCGAGAGGUGGAGAUAAUGCAGCACCUUUCUGGUCAUCCAGGCAUUGUAACAUUGAAGGCUGUGUAUGAGGAUUCAGAAUCUUUCUAUCUUGUGAUGGAGCUUUGUUCUGGGGGGCGAUUGCUUGACCAGAUGGCUAGGGAAGGGCAAUAUUCAGAGCAUCACGCUGCUAAUGUACUGAGGGAGUUGAUUUCAGUUAUCAAAUAUUGCCAUGAUAUGGGUGUUGUUCAUCGGGACAUAAAGCCUGAAAAUAUCCUUGUUACGACUUCUGGGCAAAUGAAGCUUGCAGAUUUUGGGCUAGCUAUGAGGAUUUCAAAUGGUCAGAGCCUUACAGGUGUAGUUGGAAGUCCUGCCUAUGUUGCCCCAGAAGUUCUACUUGGCAACUAUUCAGAAAAGGUUGAUAUUUGGAGUGCUGGUGUCCUCCUUCAUGCUCUGUUGGUUGGCAUUCUUCCAUUUCAAGGUGACUCUUUGGAUGCAGUAUUUGAGGCAAUUAAGAAGGUUAACCUAGAUUUUGAGAGUGGGUUAUGGGAGUCAGUAUCCCAACCUGCAAGGGAUCUCGUUGCCAGAAUGCUCAAUAGGGAUGUUUCAUCAAGACUAACUGCUGAUGAAUUACUAAUUAAAUCAGUUGCUAAAAAGUCCAUGUUGAAGGCAAAUGGCAGCAAAUAUCUGAUAAUAUUUGUAGGCAACCAGUUAUUUGAUACUUCACAUAGCAUCAUACUGUUUUUGUGUGGCUUUCUGAGUCUAUGACAUUUUGGUUCAUGGAAAUGUUUGGAAGUAUCACAUUAAGAUUUAAGACUAACUAGCAAGGACUCGGGAUGUGGGCCACUUGUCCUGUAUGCCGAACAAGUAGCCAAAUGGAGCAAUUCUCAUGAGUCUUGACAUUCAAGAUAUCAAAUAUUUAUAUUCUGUUCUUAUUUUUCCAUGAACUGAGAUCAAAUUAGUUCUUAGUUAUACGUUGGAUAAAGCUUUGUUACUGUCAUUUAGUGUGUUUUAUAACCUGAAGUGUGAUUUUACAGGGCAUCCGUGGAUCUUGUUCCAUACAGAACCAACUUUGAAGUUACGUACAGUAAAACCGAAGUUAGGAAACCAUGUAAGAUUGACUUUCCAAAGACUAACUGGCAAAGAUGGGUUGGAGUCUGAGAGAAUCGAUAUAACAACCAGCAGCUUUCUCAGUGAUGACACUAGCCUAAUUUUAUCAUCUGGUGGUUCAAUAAAGAGGUUGGACGAGCAAGACUGUGGAUUCGUUGAUGUCCUUGCUGUGGCAAUGUCUCGUGUAAGGAUAUCCGAACCAAAGAGAAGCAGGUUGUGUGGUCCUACCAGCCCUAUUCGACGAGAAUGUUCCUCUAACAUUAAGGUUGACAAUCUCUGCACAGCAUUCUGAUCCUGCUUUUGAAAUGCUGACUCAACUGUUAGGUAUUACCCCUAUUAGCUAUAGCUGGAACUAAAGAUAACCUACUGUGGCAAGAGACUUGUGAAGACUAAGUGCAGUACCAAUAAAAUGACCUUGUGGGUAAAAUGAAGUGUUAACUCUUAAAGCAUGUUUCUUCUUGAGUGAUAACCUUGUAAUUUUUAAUUAGUGUGUGUUUGGAUAUAUUUUCGCUCUUUAGCCUGACUUGGCAUGUUGUGAAAACAUGGAUUGUAAUAAGUCUUCUGUAAAUAUAAUUUGUGGUAAUUAACUUUUGUCUUUGCCUGUA